AACAGUGACAGCACAGACUCCCACACGCAGAAUCUCUCAAGCUCAACGCUGUUAGUUCAUCCACCAUCACCAAAUAUUCGCUGCUACCAUUUAACAAUUAACACCCCAUUACCAUUCUGCUCGCGCCUCACACUCGACCUCCUAUUAAACUGCUCCACCACCGGGACCGUCGUUGACCUUCUAGCCUCGAAAUUUGGAGCGAUCGAUAUACGUGUUGGAUUCUACCAGGCCUCGACGAGAUGGCAAUCAAAUAUCUCAUUCUCCUUUCGAGACAGGGCAAAGUGCGAUUAGCUAAAUGGUUCACAACCCUUUCCCCCAAAGACAAGGCGAAGAUCGUGAAGGAUGUCUCUCAAAUUGUUCUUGCACGCCGAACUCGAAUGUGCAAUUUCCUCGAGUAUAAAGACACCAAGAUCGUCUAUCGCCGCUAUGCGUCCCUCUUCUUCAUCGCCGGGUGCGACUCUACCGACAACGAGCUUAUCACCCUUGAGAUCAUCCAUCGCUACGUCGAACAAAUGGACAAAUACUACGGCAACGUCUGUGAGCUGGACAUCAUCUUCAACUUCCAAAAGGCCUAUUUCAUCCUGGAUGAGCUGCUGCUUGCCGGUGAGCUGCAGGAAACCAGCAAGAAGAACGUCCUGCGGUGCAUCGGCCAGCAAGACAGCCUUGAAGACAUGGAGGUGAGCCCAUGACCGUCUCUUUCCCUGGCUUGGAAACUGGGCCGCAUUUGUAUUCACCUCCGACAAACCCACCGGGUACUAAGAUUGCAUUA